AUGCUGUCGUGUCAAUCGUUUCGUCUGAGGUCGUCUCACCGAGGGAAAAUCAAGUCGAUGCCAUCGAGUCAAUCGUUUAGAACUGAGUUCGUCACAUCCAGAGAAAAUCUGAUCGAUGCCGUCGUGUCAAUCCGUUUUGAACUGAGGUUAACACAUCCAGACAAGUCGUAUAACCCAGAGAAAUUCCGAUCGAUUCCGUCGUGUCAAUCGUUUGGAACUGAGGUUGUCUCACCCAGCGAAAAACCAAUCGAUGCCGUCAUAAUCGUCCAGACACUGUCCGAUCGAUGCCGUCGUGUCAGUCUUUUGGAUCUCAAGUCGUCUCACCCAGAGAAAAUCCGAUCGAUGCUGUCGUGUCCAUCGUUUGGAUCUGAAGUCAUCACACCCAGAGAAAAUCCGAUCGAUGCCGUCGUGUCAACCUCGUCUUGCCCAGAGAAAAUCCGAUUAAUACUGUUGUGUCAAUCGUUUGGAACUGAGGUUGUCUCACACCGACAGAAUCCGAUCGAUGCCGUCAUGUCAAUCCUUUUUGAAAUGAGGUUAACACAUCCAGACAAGAUCCAAUCGAUGCCGCCGUGUCAAUCGUUUGGAUCUGAAGUAGUCUCACCCAGAGAAAAUCCGAUCGAUGCCGUCGUUUCAUCUUUUGGAACUGAGGUUGUCUCACCCAGCGAAAAUCCGAUCGAUGCCAACGUGUCAAUCGUUUGGAAUUGCGGUUGUCUCACACAGAGAAAAUCCGACAGAUGCCGUCGUGUCAAUUCUUUCGAUUUGAAGUUUUUCAUCAACAGAGAAAUUUCCGACUGGACCCAUCAUGUCAGUUCCCACUCGAGCAGAUCAUUGUUUUUUCUCUCUCUCUCGGGCAUUGCAUUGUACUAG